GUUGUUAGUUCUAUACGCAGCAUUGGUCUGUUCGAUAAUAAAUUAUAUUUUCCAUCUGUUGUUGAUGUUUAAAUCGAACGAUUGACAACACAAUUGCCGUGUUUCAUUAGUCAAGCGGUGUUUUUUCAAUUGAACACUAUCUAUCCAGUUGUAAUUGACUAAAUCUGGUAACAAAAAGAUGAGAUCUGUCGUGUUUUUUCUCUUGUUCAACCUACUGGUCGUUGUCGCCUACAGAAACGAGCAGUGUCAACGAAGGACAGAUGAGCAACUUAUCUGGGACUACGACGUCAGAAGAUCGUACAGAAUCGGUGCAUAUCAAGAAGUGGAAGCAGAAUAUGGACCAGCCGAUGUGACGAUCACAUGUAUAGGAGUAGAUUCCCUAUCUGACGAGAACAACGGAGCUAUGUGGGUGACAUCCGGUGGGAUAGGAUAUAAUUUCAUUAAAAUUAAGUUCAGGUCGAAACACUCCCGAGGAUUUCAUUACCGAGUCUACGUUUAUGGAAAACCACAUCGAACAAAUAACAUUAAUUUAUUAUAAUUUUUUGUAACAAUAAUUCUCUAUGAUUGUAUUGUUGAUGGCAUUUGUGACUGUAACAAUUUAAUAAAAUUUUGUUUCCGUUAAA